AUGGAUGCUAGGAAUCAGCUCUAUGAAGGCCGAGUUCAGAAUGCUCGAGUUUUGCUCGAGAACGACUCCCUCCAGAGGGAAGUAGCGGCGCUUAUUCCGGACUCGGAGACUGAAGAGCAGAAGGAUAGCUCAGCAGCAUCUGAUAAUCGGCAUACUGUGGACGCUAUAUUCGGAGAGAGAGACGAAGCUGUGGAUAGGACCCAGCAGAUCAUCGCCCAUGCCGAUGAACUUCGGAUGAAGGUCGAACAAGCUAGGAAAGAAGCGGCGACGAAGAAGGCCCAUCUGGCGCGCAGGAAAUCAGACCUAGCUUCGGCGUCGAAUGGAGCUGAAGCCCGCAGGGCUAGGCAACUGGAAGACGUCGAGAAGUCCACCCGCAUGACCAAGUAUAACUGGAACAAAGUACAUGCUUCCCAUGCCUCUUCGAGGACGUAUCUAUGCGGCGAGGCGGCGAAGUUAUACGGUCUCCGCAGAGUAAAAAAGAGCGGUGGACAGGAAGAUUACAAGAUAGGUCCUGCGAGCCCGGCCCAGAUUGCCACAUCCCUAUCACAUAUCGUACACCUCCUCGUUUUAUCGAUGCACUAUUUAGCAAUACGGCUUCCCGCCGAGAUCACCCUUCCCCAUCGAGACUACCCAUUACCAACUAUAUUUCCCCUUACCUCAUCCUACAUGUACACAGAUAUUCCUUUUCCGGGCAGCAUAGCCGGCCAAUCUUCCAAUACAAGCCCAAGUGCAUCGCGCCAUGCGGAACAAGCGAACUUGCCACGGCCACGACCGCUUUUCAUCACAAAGCCUCUGCCUAUCCUCGCAACGGAAGACCCGGCGAGCUAUGGACGGUUCCUUGAGGGUGUCACUCUUCUGGCAUAUAAUAUUGCUUGGGCAUGCAAGAGCCAAGGAAUCCCCGUGGGCGAAGAUAGCAACUUUGACGACAUAUGCAAUAUCGGACGAAAUCUCUAUAACCUCUUAAUUGGACCUACUAAAUCGCAUGUGACACUAACAAACCGAGUACCAUCCCGACAGCCCACGCCAACUAGAGGUGGAAAUAGAGAAAGCGACGCCGAGGAAAGAAAGCCACACGCUGAUGCGCUGAUGGGACGAUACUCUCAUGGGACUGCCCAUUCAUUCCUAGGCAGCGCGGAAGGAACAGAGUUCAUCCGGAGCUGGAAGCUGCUCAACCCCAUGAAACUAGCCGAUAAGCUCAAAGCCAGACUUAUGAGCGAAGUGGCAAACGCAGAAUGGGAGGUUCUGGAUCAAGAUGCGUGGACCGUAGACGACGAAAUGGGAGACGAUGGGGUGGUUGUUGGAGCUAGAAAUGAAGGUGGGGGACGGGUUACCAACUUGGGCAUGCAGAGCUUCAUGAGUAUGAGGACAGUUAUGGAUGCCGUGGAGAUGGUGGCCGGGGACGGAGAUAAGAAGCCGGGGACGAGCGGGUGGACCAAGUUGAAGCCCAGAUAG